CAAUGCAUUCAUUUCAAUGACCUCUGUGGUGUGGAGACGUCCCUCCACUUUUUUGUUCCUGCACCUCAUUUUGGUUGAUUUGGCGCCCCCCCUGUUCUGCUUUGUCAAUUGGCUGCAGCUUCAAUAGUUCCUUCAUAUCAUGCAACACCUGGUCUCAUUGGAGGGUCUCUGAAUCCUCUUUGGCCACCAGGAUUCUGCAUAUCUUUCCAUCAUCUGCAAACAAACUAGCUGUCAUCUCAAGGUCAUUAACUAAGUCAUUGAUAUACACCAGGAAAAAAACCAGUCCCAAGACUGAAUCCUGUGGCACUCCGCUUAGCACUGGCAGCAACUCUGAGCAUUCCUUCCCAAUGUACACCUUGUGACACCUGUCUGCAAGUGUGACAAUGUCCCGAGAAACGGUAACCUUUGCACAGUCUGGGCCUACACCUGUGUGUGUGGAUGAGGGCACCCUUCCUUCACGCACAGGCUGCUAUGUCAUUACUCUCACCUUUCCUCAGCCAACUCAGGUUGGAGAAAUCACCUUCAGAAACCACUACACCUGGGCUGUGGGUGUGCAUGUGCUGCGAGCAACAUCAUCCACUUCUUCGUCAGGAGGUGUUGUAGGAGCCGGAUUGUUGGGUGGAGAGGGUGGUGGUGAUGCAGCCUGGGUAUGGAAAGAUCCUGCAGCAUGGCAGGUGGGUGUGAGGAACAAGGUCAUCAUGCCUCAUCCUCACACAGAGACUGCCAGCCAUGACUUUGUAUCCAUCACAUGUCUAGAGAGUCGCAUUGACUGGCAAGAUGUGAUUGGUAUGCGCCUGGUACUGCGGCAACCAUCUCCUGUAUGGCGCACCUUCUUCAUUGAAGAGAUUACAGCUUAUAGGGAACUUCCUCGUCUUCCUCCUUUCAGUGUCCCCAUUAUAACUCAGGAUGGGCAAAGCUCAAGGACCCAGCAAGUGUCUAUAAUGGAACGUCUGGCACAGCAAACAAAAUGUGCCAUGCUCAUUCCAGAUGACUCACUUGAGGGUGGACUUUCAAGUGGAGGCUACGAUAUUGCAGCAUUACAGUACACCAGCUAGAUGGAAGUAUGGCAAACAUUCUCCCACAAGAACUAUUUUCUUGAUGUGUUUUCUUGAGAUGAGGUGGAAGGAGUGGAAGAGGUAUCCUGGGAUGGAGCCCACUUCAGAGGAUAGCGACGAUAGAUCGGCCAUGGGGGCAGAGUCACCUGCAAAACCGAACAUCCAGCUGUUCAAUAAAAAAGAUAGUCCAAGAUC